AUGUCGGAGACAACGCAAAGCCCAGAGGAUGCCGCUGCUCAGCGAGCUCUUGAGCAGGCCCGUCUUCGUAAGGAACGCCGUGAAGCCAAGCUCAAGGCUGGGGGGUCUGCAAGACUGAACAAGAUCACUGGCCUCGGAGGCCGUAUUCCAGGAGACCCAGAACCUGCUAUUGCAUCGACUACUGCAACAGAUGCUCCCUCCCCAGCUCCAGCACCCGCCGCAUCGGCUUCUGUAGCAUCUCCCACCGCCGACCACGCCGACCCUGAUGAAGUCGAUAUCUCGAACCAUUACUACGAACCCAAGCGCACUGCUACUUCCCGCACAAAUGCAUCUGAAAUCCCGGAACCCGCUAUCUCAGAAGACCAGCUGCGGCAAAUGAUGCUUGGCUUCGACCGCGGCAAUGCCAGCGGCUCCGCUAGUCCUGCACCCGGUGGCGCCGACGAGGAUCCCAUGAUGAAGAUGAUGUCCCAGCUCAUGGCCGGCGCCGGCCUUCCUGCGGGCUCCAUGCCCCCUUUCCCUGGUAUGCCUGGCGCAGUACCUGGCCAAUCACCCCUCGUACCGCCUACCGCCGUGCGCAGCAGCGCCUCUACGAAUCUCUGGCGUCUUCUCCACGCCCUUGUUGCUCUCGGUCUUGGAAUCUACAUCGUCAUCCUCACCCCUUUCACUGGCAGCAAGAUCGAGCGCGAGCGUGCCGCUCUUGCUGGUACAACACCCGCGGAUCCCCUUAUCGCAGCAGCCGAGCCCGAGAUGGAGACAGAGCUUGAGCAUCGCAAAAAGCUGUUCUUCUGGACGUUUGCUACUGCUGAAACCCUGCUCCUCACAACACGCUUUUUCCUGGACAAAAGAGGUAGCCCACCUACUGGCAUCGUGGGCACCGUGAUGCAGUUUUUACCCCAGCCCGCCAAGGGUUAUAUUGAGAUCGUGAUGCGUUAUGGACAAAUAUUCACAACGGUAAGAAGCGACAUGCUGGCGUGUAUUUUUGUGCUGGGAGCUGUAGCUUGGUUUAAGGGGUAA